AAAAUGCAAAAUGUUUUCUCUUUCCGUUUUUACCUGUACUCUGUCUCUCCCUCUCAGUCUCACUCACUCAUUCACACUAAUCCUUCCUCGAACGAGAAAGCAAAUUAAUAACGCCGACGACAAAAGGCCGACGGCGUUAAAACAAAGAACGGCAGAAAUGUCGCCGCCAGCUCUCGCCCUGUUCCUCCUCCUCCCACUCGCGCUCGCCUCCACCGCCCUCUCCCACUCCCACUCCUCCUCCCCCUUCCCCACCGCCUCACCCUCCCUCUACGACUGGACCUCCGCACGCGCCACCUACUACGCUGCCGUCGACCCCCGCGACAAAGUCGGCGGUGCGUGCGGGUACGGAGACCUCGAGAAGGCCGGGUACGGGCUGGCGACGGUGGGGCUGAGCGAGGCGCUGUUCGAGCGGGGCCAGAUCUGCGGCGCGUGCUUCGAGGUCCGGUGCGUGGAGGACAUGCGGUGGUGCAUUCCUGGGACGUCGAUUAUCGUGACGGCGACCAACUUCUGCCCGCCGAAUUACGGGUUCACGGCGGAAGGCGGGGGCCACUGCAACUCGCCGAACAAGCAUUUGGUGCUUCCCAUCGAGGCGUUUGAGAAGAUCGCUAUUUGGAAGGCUGGCAAUAUGGCCGUCCAGUAUCGUAGGAUCAAGUGUAGAAAGGAAGGAGGAAUUCGUUUCACCAUAGAUGGUUCUAAUAUCUUUAUCUCAGUGCUCAUCAGCAAUGUUGGUGGUGCUGGAGACAUUGUUGCCGUGAAGAUCAAGGGUUCAAGAACCGGCUGGCUUCCAAUGGGACGGAAUUGGGGCCAAAACUGGCAUGCAAGUGCCGAUUUACUGAACCAACCUCUUUCUUUCGAGGUCACAAGCAGCGAUGGGCGCACAGUUACAUCUUACAACGUUGCUCCCAAGGCUUGGAACUUUGGGCAGACUUUUGAAGGGAAGCAGUUUGAUUCUUAAAAGCACUGUUUCAACGAAAUCGUGCAAGAGAGACCAGUUUUGUAUAUCUUCCCUUUUUGUUGCUUGUUCUAUUUUUCUUUUGGUAAUGAAGUACAGUUAGAUUGCGGAUGAUGUUGUUGUACAAAGACCUAUGCCGAAGCUUAACUAUUAAAGGGGCCCGGAAUGUAAACUGAUCUUGAGGUAUAGGUUGCAGAGUAUGCUGGUGCUCAGGGGUGCACGGUGAUAGAAUCGCAAGGGAUUGAGAUAGAACUGCUCUGUUGCCACGGUAGCUGGGGAGGUCUCUGGAGCUGCACAGCGGUCUGAUGAUGAGAGGGUGUACUGGCGGAGUGUAGUUUGUAACUACUGAUAAAUUGCUUGGUUCUGCUUCUGGUGUGGUGGUUCAUGAUUGAAAGUUCAUGAUUGGAUAUCAAAUUUAUUGCGGGAAUUUUCUUUAGGUUA